AGUAAAUAAAGAAUUUUUAUGCUUAAUCAUAUGAUUGAUGGCUAAAAUCCAUUGAUGUUAAAAUAUUAAAUAAUUAUUUAGUGUAGGUUAAGUUGAUAUUGCACAAUAUUGAUAAUGAUCAUUAAAAUUCAUAUCAAUUUGAAAAGCCAUCACAAAACCAGUCAAACAAGAAUUGCCUGAAUACGUUUGCCGACACUCCCGCAAGUACACGUCGUAAUACUUUUUUGGCGUUCCUAAUAAAUAUAAUAGGUUAAAGAUUGUUUUGGUUUAAUAUAUUGUCUUUAUUUUAUUUGACUAUAGCAAGAUGAGUUCAUUAACCCUAUAUCAUUUUCCACCAAGUGCUCCGUCUAGGGCCGCAAUUUUAACUGCUAGAGCACUAAACCUUAAGGUUGAUAUAAAAGAAGUAAAUCUGUUUGCUAAGGAGCAACUGAAACCUGAAUUUUUGAAGCUCAAUCCACAACAUUGUGUCCCAACAUUAGAUGACAAUGGAUUUGUACUUUGGGAAAGUCGGGCUAUAGCUUCUUACUUAGUUCAAGCUCAUGGGGGCGAAAAAUACAGUUCAUUGUAUCCUCAAUCCGCUAAAGAAAAGGCAGUUGUUGAUCAAAGACUCUACUUUGAUGCUGGAGUUUUGUAUCCUAGAAUACGAGCUAUUUGUUUUCCUGCUUUAUUUUUGGGUGAAACUACAGUCUCAAAGGAUAAAAAAGACCAACUAAACGAAGCAUUUGGAUAUUUAGAUGGUUUUCUUGCUAAAACAAAGUGGGUGGCCGGAGACAACUUUACAAUAGCAGAUAACGCUAUUCUGGCCUCUAUGUCAAGCAUACAAGCUGUUGGUUUCGAUAUUGCCCAAUUCCCUCAUGUUGCAUCUUGGGAAGCACGCUGCAAAGAAGUGGUACCAGGAUAUGAAGAGAAUAAAGCUGGAGCGCAAAUUUUCGGGAAUGCUGUAAAAAGUAAACUCGCUCCUGGACAACUAUUCAAACAAGAAUUGCCGGAAUACGUUUGCCGACACGCCCGUACAACAAAAAUGAGUUCUUUGACCUUAUAUCAUUUUGCACCAAGUUUUCCGUCACGAGCAGCGCUGUUAACUAUUAGAGCACUAAAUCUUAAGGUUGAUAUAAAAGAAGUAAAUCUGUUUGCUAAAGAGCAAUUUAAACCAGAAUUUUUGAAGAUUAACCCACAACAUUGUGUUCCAACAUUAGAUGACAAUGGUUUUGUUCUUUGGGAAAGUCGGGCUAUAGCUACUUACUUGGUCCAGGCUUAUGGGGGUGAAAAAUACAGUUCCUUGUAUCCUCAAGCUGCUAAAGAAAAAGCAGUUGUUGAUCAGAGAUUAUACUUUGAUGCUGGAGUUUUAUUUCCUAGAAUUCGAGCCAUUUGCUUUCCUAUUCUAUUUUUGGGAGAAACUACGAUUUCACAAGACAAAAAAGACCAACUAAAUGAAGCAUUUGGUUAUCUAGAUGGUUUUCUUGCCAAAACAAAGUGGGUAGCUGGAGACAACUUUACCGUAGCAGAUAAUGCCAUUCUGGCUUCUGUUUCUAGCAUACAAGCUGUUGGUUUCGAUAUUUCCAAAUUCCCUCAUGUUGUCUCUUGGGAAGCACGUUGUAAAGAAGUGGUGCCUGGCUAUGAAGAAAAUAAAGCUGGAGCAGAAGUUUUUGGAAAUGCUGUAAAAAGUAAACUUGCACCAGGGCAACUAUAA